GGUUACCCUUGCCAUAUCCUUCUCCUUGAAAAAGAAGCUGUAACUGCAGUUUUAGCAGUAAUGUCAGGCCGCGGAAAGCAGGGAGGCAAAGCUCGGGCCAAGGCCAAGUCGCGCUCAUCCCGCGCUGGCCUUCAGUUCCCCGUAGGGCGAGUGCACCGCCUGCUGCGCAAAGGGAACUACGCCGAAAGGGUGGGGGCCGGCGCACCGGUGUACUUGGCGGCAGUGCUGGAGUACCUGACCGCGGAAAUCCUGGAGCUGGCGGGCAAUGCCGCCCGAGACAACAAGAAGACGCGCAUCAUCCCUCGCCAUUUGCAACUGGCCGUGAGAAAUGAUGAAGAGCUCAACAAGUUACUCGGGGGUGUCACUAUUGCCCAGGGCGGUGUCUUACCUAAUAUCCAGGCAGUCUUAUUGCCCAAAAAAACGGAGAGUCACAAGCCUGGCAAGAAUAAGUAAUUAAGAGGCUUGAUACCAUCCCCACUCACCCCAAAGGCUCUUUUAAGAGCCACCACCAAAGUGUCAAAAUAAAGGGCUGAUCACAAAA